ACUAUUUUCACAGCGACUGCACGUGACACACUACGGCUUUCGACAAAGCGACUAUGGACAAUGAACAAAUCUAAACAAAUGUGUUGGUACUCCAAAGUGUUUUUCCGAGUUUUCGCCAAUUUAGCCGUCAGACUUUGUAGCGAAUCGCUGGACGCCGCUUAUAAAAUGUGUUCUUUGUGUUGGUGCAGCAAAUGUUACGUCAAAGAAACGAAUAAUGACUUCAUCAUUGAGACAAGUGAGGAAUUCUACAAAGAAGUGAGCAGAGAAUCUGCAGAAGUUCUGCUGGAAAACAGGCAGAAUGGCACAUUCAUUAUAAGGCCAUCAAAAAAUUCCAAUCUGGGCACGUUGUCUGUUAUCCAGGAUAGUAAAAUAUUUCAUUUAAGCAUAAGGAAGAGACUUGACGGUUUUAUUGCCCUCGGAAAUGAAAAAUUGAACGAGAAGUGCUUCAGGAAUGUAGAUUAUUUGAUUAAUUAUUAUGUUAGUAAUUAUCUAUUAUUGUAUUCAAAUGAAGGAAAUAUCCAAAUCAAUACAUUAUUAAUUCCUUUUAGAGACAAUAAAAUUAUUCGAGAUUGAACUUCAAUGCAUGAGGAAUAUGAUAUUGAUCAUCAUUAUAUUUCAUAAUUGGAAAGAA